AUGAAGUCAAUCCUCAUUGUCGGUGCCACUGGAGCUCAAGGCGGCGCAAUCCUCCGUCACCUUUCCAGCACCGGACAAUACAAUAUCACAGCCUUCACCCGCAGUGCGACCUCCCCCAAGGCCGUCGAACUAGCGGCUCUGCCUAACGUCGAGAUCGCUGUUAGCGACGCCGCAACUGGCUAUGACACCAAAGCAUUUCUUGCUGCGGCCUCGGAGAUUGAUUGCGUUCUGGUAAACACAGACGGAUUCGCGCUUGGAGAGCAAGCCGAGAUCUAUUGGGGUGUCCGACUCUUUGAGUUGUCUGCUAGGGCUGGAGUCAAGCACUUCGUUUACAGUGGUCUCGAUUCGGUUGGACCCAAGACCAACUAUGAUCCUGACCUCUAUGUUGGCCACUAUCAAGGCAAGGCUAGAAUCCAAGGUGAGCUGCCUGCCAACAUCUAUACUUCCGAAUCUAGAUUAUUGACACAUACCCAAGAUUGGAUCCAUGCCCAGAAAGACGUGAAAAUGCAGUGGACUAUAAUUAGAUCGGGCCCAUACAUGGAACUCCUCUCUGCAGUUAUGUCACCCGCCAUUGAAGAGGACGGCUCUCUCACCUUCCAGCUUCCUCUCGACAAAGGUUCUAUCCCUUUUAUUCACCUCGGCGACUUUGGCAAAUACGUCGACUGGGCCCUCCAGCACCCUGAGGAGUCAAAUCAUUUGGACUUCGGCAUUGCCACUGUUCUCGCGACCGGCGAUGAUAUCGCCAAAGCUUCUGAGAAGGUCAGCGGGAAAACAAGUCGCUUCGCCAACGUUCCCAUUGACAUUUGGAACUCUGUUGCUUGGAAGGCACUACCAAACGGUCCCGAUACAAAGAUCGGCUUCCAGUCUGUCAAGGAUGACAGCGGGUUGCUUAUGACGUACGGGGAGAACUUCAAGAACUGGUGGAACCUCUACAAGGCUAGUCCCAGCGAUAACUCUGGAUUGAUCCAGAGGGACUUUGAGUUUCUGGAUAGAAUCGUGCCGGAUCGUCUCAAGAGUGUCGAGGAGUGGAUGAAGAAGGUUCAGUAUACCGGUGAUAAGCAAGACCUCCUGAAUCUUGAGGCUCAUACUAAGUAA